GAAAGUUCUUAAAGAUUAACAAAUAAUAAUCAUUUAAAGAUAUGUUUUGUAUUUGAUAUUAGGACCAAAUUUGGAGUAUGAUUGUUUAAAAAAUUAUUACGUACCACAAUGAACGUUUUCACCAAACACAAAAUAUGAUUGUUUCAACCGCAAAGUUAUUAAGUACCAUAAUGAAUAAUCUUAGUUAAAUUAAUUUGUGUGUCUGGAGGAAAGUUAUAUUAAAUGCAAAGUAUCCGCAAGAGUUAUUUUGUUAUAUUAAUGCUUAAAUUAUUUUAGGAAAUUAUUAAAUACUUAGAAAAGACAAGCAUUCUUUAAAAAUAGGUUCAUUUAAUUAUUCAGUGGCAUUGGAUUGUAAAUAUUUUGCAAGUUUAAGGGUUAAUUUUAAAGUGUACUUCUGUCUUAAUAAAAUAGAUGUAUGUUGUUUUCGAAAAUUAAAUGAGUAAAAACGUUGAGCUUAACUUGGUCCAAAAAGAAUCUUAUUGGACCGGAAGCUCUCCACCAAAACCCAAGAUCCAGGACCCAGGAUAUAAGCCCACACCGAGCCGAGCCGGCCGGAGCGAACAUAUAAACCUUUAGACAAAACCUAGUUCUCCUCCGGCUCUCUUAACAAAACCACCAGCUGCCAUCACUUGUCUCCGGCUCCGGUAGCUUCCAUAGCACCAGAGUCCAAAUUUUUUCCACUUCAUUUAUUUCUCUAUACUAUUAUCCUCUGUGUUUUAGUCAUUUGAAGAUGAUUUUGUUUUCGAUACUUUUCAAUUUUUAGAUCUGGCCGGAUGUGGUCUGAAUCAAACUAUUUAGCGAUUGUAUUCCUCUCUUCUUAUUUUUUUUUUUAACACCCUCUCUUCUUGUUCUCAACCUGUUUUACGGCAUCGUCUCUUCUAUAUAAAUUGUUUUAUUAGUUUAGUCAUCUAAACUGGUUGUACAGUAGUUUGUAUAAUUAAAAAAAUGUAUAUGUAAUGUGUAAGUUAGUAUUUCUUAACAUAUAUACAAUACAAUUACAAUUUACAACCGCCAUGACUCAACUAAAUCUUUUAGUAUAUAUAAAAAUCAAUUACGCAAUAUAUGAAGUUAGUUAAACUAUUUCAUAUUUUUUAUAUACCAAUAAUCAUAUGUAUGCUUGUUUAAUAAAAUAGUGUAUUAGUUGCAAUAUUAAGUUUGCUCAACAUUUAUUAUGUACUCAAGUUACAUUUAAUGAAAGAUCUUAGAAAAUGAAUAAAUACCUUAGAAAAUGAAUGAAAACCUUUGAAAUGAAUGCAAAUCUAGGCACAUUUAGAUAUUUGAGUAUUAAAAAUAUAAGACAAUUAAUGAUAGUGUAAAAUCUUUAAUAUCUUUAGAUUUGGUUAGACUAAUCUGUUUGUUAUUAUUAUUAAUUUUUGACGUAUGUUAUAUCUCAGUUUUUGUUAGACCAUUAAGACUCAAAUAACUUUUUUGAUAGUCCAAAAACCAGUAGAUAAAAAAAAUAUUUUAAUAAAAUAGAUAAAAUAGAUGUAGAAGAGAUCUAGAAUAUUACUGGUGACUAAUAUUGAAUAUAUAGCUGAAAUACACUGGAAAAUAGUAAAUAACGACAUUCAGUUUUUUUUUUGAAGCAGUACCACAUUUAAAUAUUAGUUACAACAACCGGUACAAACUUGACAUUCACAAAGAGUCAAAGACGCAUGUUUUUAGGUUUAGGAGUGCAACUACAAUUCUUAGGCAUCUGACUUGCACCUCGUGCAGCCCAAAGUCAAUGAAACAAGUGGUACGUGGACUGCCUUUGUCUGUGCAUGAUCCACUGAACAGUUGUUUCGAAGAUCAGUAAACACUAAACAGGUUCUUGCGUUGCUUGCUACAACACAGGGUUCUUUUUAAUCGUUUUACAUGACAGAAAAUAUAAAGGGAAAAUAUUUUAACCCAAAACAUUCCGCAUCUAAUUAGUUAUGAGAUAGAUACUAUUAGGGCUGUUCACUUCUGAUUUCAAUUUGGUUUGGUUCAAUUCAGUUCAAUUUUGUUUUUUUUUAUAUAUUUCAGUUUAUAAAAAUAAAUUACUAUAUUAAUACCAUAUCUACUUUGGUUUGGUUUGAUUUAUAUACGAUCAUUCAUUUUUUUACUAAAUAACCAUAACUAUAUUUAUGUUUUAUAAUAUUUUAGAAUUUUAGUUGAUAUGAUUAGAAAUUGGAUUUAUUCAAAAAUAAAAAAAAUAUGUUCAUUACCUUAACUUUACCCGGCCUUUACCUAUAAUAUUUUUUUUCAAUUAAUUAUAAAAAUAAUUAGUAGAAGUAAAAUUUAAUAAUUAUGAUAAUUUUCAUAAAAUAAAAAUAAGAAAAGUUAAUAAUAUCAUAAUAGUAUUGGAAACUAAAUUUAGCACAAAUAUCUAUUAACAAAAAAUAUAUUAUAUUAGAUUUGAUAAAAAUGAAAAAAUAAAAUAACUUCAAACAUUACUAAUUUCACGGUUAUAAUGUUAUUUAGAGAGUGACAUCGAAUAUAAUGGGCCUCGAGACCCAGGAAAAGUAGGCUAAUAACAACACAAUACGCUUAAGAAAAUUUGGGGUGUAUUGUCUAUUUCUUAAAUAGCAGGUGCGAACGUUAAGUUCUUAGAAACAAGAGGGCACAACAUGUAAAUAUUUGUGUAGCUUUAAAUGAAAAGAAACGAAAAAUAGAAAAUUGAGAAACAAGAAAAUUAAAUUAAAUUGAUUAAAAUCAUUAAACCAAAGAAGAACCCUCCAAAAAGAACACACUUCUGGUUUGCGUCUUUGUCUUGCAAUAAAAACUCGGAGACGCAAAGCAAGUGGCGAACGUUUCGUAAAACCUUGUUUCGCCGCCUCUCGGUUUUCGACUCGGUUCCAACUCGACUCAGUGAUCGAAUCGUUCCAAACGUGUCUGAUCGUUUGGUUCGGGUUUGUAAUAACGGGGAUUAAGCGAUUAAAUUACGCGUUUAGUUUUGUUUGUUUGUUUGUUUGCAAACAAUCAAAAACUCAGAACUUUGUGUUGGAGAUUGAAAAAAGUUGAGGGCUUUAAGAGAUAAUCUGACUGUUUAUGAUUUGAGUUUGUGUUGUGUUGUGUGUGGCCAAUGUUGGAUUUUCGAGACGGUUUGUAGGCGACAAAGUUUAGUGUUUGGUGUUUUAAUUGAGAAUGGGAGAAAGUUAUGAACUUGAAGAAGGAGAGUUUAAUUGUUCUGCUAAUUAUGAUCUUGACGUUGAUCUCUCCUACAUUGACAAGAAGAUAGAGAAUGUACUAGGCGACUUACAAAAAAAGUUUGAACUGGGAUCCUUGGAUAUGUUUGGUCCACAAGUCUAUAAAUAUGGAUCAUUUUUGCCCACUUACAAGCGUUCGCCUGCGGUGCCACCAUGUCAAAGGAGUUCCAUGGAGAAUAAUAACGCCCAGAGGUUUCCAAACAACUUACCAGUGAAGAACGUUGUUCAGAAGUUUCAGUCACUACCUGCUACUUCUUGUAAACCUGCAAGUAUUCAGGAUUCCAAGACCAAUCAAACAUCAGGAUCCCUUUUGCCUCAAGCUCCUGGAAAGGUUACCAUAAAGAAAGAAGAUGCAAGAGUACCAGGCAGUGAUUCGUCUGAUCAUAAGCCGAUUAGACUUCGGAUCAAAAUGGGUUCUAAAAUCUUGUCUCAAAAGGUCACGAUGGUUUGCAAGGAUCUUGGUCUUGAUGAUUCCCCAACCCGAAACAGCCAUGAUGGUAUAAGCAGAAUGCUCCCACAUACAUCUCUGGAGAAGACAUGUGAAUCUCCCUCCCGUAUUCUUCAGGAUUUGACUGCCAUCCCUGUCCCAGAGGAUCUACUGAUGUCCCCUCUUCCUGAAAGUCUGCUUAAUUUGAAGGAUAAGGAGAAGCGAUAUACAUUAUUAGGCAAUGAACCAGUAGCUAAGCCAGGGAAGGUUCCUUUUGUUCAGACACAGAACAAGUUUUCUGAUGUUUUAGGCUGUGGGGAAACUCCAAGUGGAAGGAGGAAAAGGAAAGCGGUUGACUGCUUUAAUGCUACCACAUUGAAUGCGACUUCAUCAAUUGGUGAGGUGAAGAAGCAAAAAGUUUGUUCCACUGGUGCCUUAGCCAGGGAAAGCACAACUUGUGGGAUAAAUUCUACUAGUGAUGGGUUUACAAGAAAAAGCAACUUGCAGAAAGUUAUUAAAAAGGAUGUAGAAAGUGAUCCUAGAGUCGCCAUUGCUAAGUCAAACAGAAUGAAGGUUGUUGGGAAACAUGCUGAGAAGGAGAAAGAGAUAUAUCCAAUAAAGUUGAAACAGAACAGUAGCAAAAGUAGCUAUGGUGAUAAAGUUUUAUCAAAGAUGCCUUCCAAGGAUACUGCAAAUAAAGCUGAUUUUGCGCUUCCACCUGCCUCCACUAGUCUGGACCUUGAUAGUUGGGCCGAAUGUGAUACCUGUAAAAAAUGGCGGCUACUGCCCUUCAGCGAAAACCCUGAUAAGCUGCCUGAUAAGUGGGUGUGUAGCAUGCAAACCUGGCUGCCUGGGAUGAAUCAUUGUCGCAUCAGCCAGGAAGAGACAACAAACGCUAUUAUAUCUAUUCAUGGUACUAAGGUUCACGGUCCUGAGACUAGUAAUGCUGAUAAAAGCUACCACCAAUCUUUAACUUCUGGUUCUUUGCCUAAUCUAAUUGAGAGAAAGCCACAAGGAGUUUCAAGCAAAAGCAUGGUUGAUGCUGCAAAGCCUACGAAAAGUACCUCACACGUGCUUAAAAUAAAAAACAUAAAGCUGCCGCUCAAAACUUGUAAUGCUGCUCAGAUAUCAACAGACCAGAAAGCAAAGGGGAAAUCGGCAGGUACCGGUAUUCAGAUAAAGAUCAAGAAGGAAAAGGAUGGUGACAAUCAAGAAAGUGAAAGUUCCAAGCAAAUCAAGACUGGUGAUGGCAACAAACUCUCCCGAGAUUUAAAAGCAGAAGAGAUUCAUUGUAAACGAGAUCUGGAUUGUACUCCAGCAGAGAGGAAAACAAAGCGUCAUGACAAUGAUUUGUACCCUUCGGAUGUAGAGCGAGCCACAAAGAAAAGAUUACUCAAAGCAACAACUGGUAGUGGCUCCUUAUGCAUAAAAGCUCAUGGCAUUAUCAAUACUCCUGCGAGAAAGUUUGGUGAUUUGUCUUGCUCAAGUCUGAAAACAUUCCUAGAAAAUAGAGCUGGGGUUACGAAUGUCAAUGCCAUUACUCAUGAGACUAUGGAUAGAUCCUCCAAGUCUGCGAAUGAUAUACUUCAAGAGGCUGAAAAGCUGAAAAAGCUUGCUGGCUGUUUCAAGAGCUCUGGAUUUGACAAUGAAUACAAGGAGGUCAACUUCGACGCAGCUCUCAGGUUUCUACUUGGAGCUUCGAUUAUGGAAAUGUCCAGUACCGAGAAAGUGGAAGAUGGGAGGAUGAGCCAUGUUGAAGCGUACCAUACUGCUGCAAAACUUUCAGAAAGCUGUGCCCAUCAAUAUGAAACAAAGAAAGAAAUGUCUGCAGCUGCUUUGGCCUAUAAAUGCGUGGAAGUGGCUUGUAUGAGGGUAGUGUAUUGCAGAAGUCUAGGUCUGAGUGGAGAAUUGAACGAAUUGCAGAAAAUGGUACAGAUGACUCCUCAAGGUGAAUCACCCUCAUCAUCUGCAUCUGACAUCGAUAGCUUUUGUCACCAAGGAGUGAUUGAUAAGUCUGCUAAAACAAAAAGAGGUCUUUCCCAUGGUGUUGGAACCCUUCUCCCUAUUGCUAGAAACCAUCAAAAUUUUGUUCCGCUACUGGAAGUUACAGAGAGUAUGAAUCUGGCAAUGGAAGCAUCGGCAAAAUCCCAACAAGCUCUUGGAGCAGUCACUGUUGUCACCUCUGAAGAAACUUUGCAUGAAGACUGUGUCUCUGCAAUCAAGAAAGUUGUCGAUUUUAGUUUCCAUGAUGUUGAAGCGCUUAUUCAGAUGAUUGAGGUAGCCAGGGAUGUUCUAAGGUCGUCAAAAGUCCGUGGCCCAUAGUGUUGUUGACUCUAUUUUGUACAUAGGCUCUGGUCCUAUAAAGAAUAGAAUUAGUGUUUUAAGAAAAGAAGCCUAGAGGCUUGGAUCUAGAAUUCCUUUUGGUUUCAUGAACUUCCAUAGAGUAGUCUCAUUAAUUAGCAAAUUUUUGUAAGGCCUAUCAUUCAAGGCUGAUUACCCUUGAAUGGAUUAGGAUAGGAAGAUUUGGAGAGGGGACACUAGAUAAGGACAAGUUUGCAGUAACUCUCAGGGUCCUGUUUCUUCAGGUCUUUCUUCUUUUUGGUUUCUGGGUACUGAAAGAUUAACUAUAGAAUAUCUAUAGAAAGAGUAGUAGGUUUGCUUAGAUAUAGUCAUUUAUGAGAUUGGAUAAGAGUUGUGACAAGACACUGCUCUGUGCCAUCUGAUCCUGUUUCAGUUUGUUACAAACUUUUUAUUGGAAGGGAAACACUUUUUUUU